AUGCCAUCAUCGUUCAGCUUCACUUUACCUAUUCGUCUGGCGCCUAAAAAGCCAACCUCACCAGACCAGCAAAAUCUCACCCGUCAACAGACGCUCUUUACGCCAGCAGAGUCCUACAAACUCCCACCUGGAUUAAUGUACCCCAUCACCUGUCCAGUCGCUACUGGCCUGCCGCAAAUUGACAGGCCGUGCAGGUAUCCUUUCGCCACCCCAACCACCCAGUCGGUGGUCCACCCUCCUGGCGGCUUGGGUGCUCGUCCCCGCAAGCGCCGCCCACGUCAGAGGAACCGCCGCCAGCAGAACCCGGCUCCAGAUUUUGAGUGA